AUGGAAAAAGAAGUGAGAAAUCAAGAAAAAGCAUUAGAAGGAUAUUGUCAAAAGGUGCAAGAAUUUUGUCCAAAAAAUCCUGGACCACAGGGACCACCUGGACAGAAAGGAGAUCAAGGUCAGCAGGGAUUAAGAGGAUUUCCUGGGAUUCCAGGUGAUAUGGGAAAUAGAGGCUUUUCUGGCUCAAAGGGUUCUAUGGGGGCUAAAGGGGAACCUGGAUUAUGGGGGCGCAAAGGAGACAAAGGAGAUAGAGGAUUUGACGGUUCCCCAGGAUUUCCAGGAGAAAAAGGAGAACAAGGUCGUCCCGGUCUGGAUGGUAGAGAUGGUUUACCUGGAGAACCGGGCCUGUAUGGGAGACCAGGCAGGAAUGGAUAUGAUGGAGCACCUGGCAAGGACGGUCUACCAGGCAAGGAUGGAAAAGACGGCGUAAAUGGCAUGAAAGGUGAAAGAGGUGUUAUGGGUCCGAAAGGUCUUCCAGGUCAAACUGGUCUGAUGGGUCCAAGAGGAAAACCAGGCAGAUCUGGUACACACGGCACUCCCGGCAUACCAGGAAUCACUGCAUGGAAAGUAAUGGAUAAGCAAAAUACUUCCAAGCUUCUUAUUCCUCCUUCAAUAGCAGGUUCUACGAACAAACACGACACUUACAUUGUAAGUGAAUGGGAUAAUGUUCUCCUACAAUGUUUGGCAUCUGGUAACCCGCCCCCUAGAACUCUAUGGCAACGUCUGGAUAAUCGACCAGUUGUAAUGGGAACAUGGCAAGAACUGCAAGUUCCGGGACCAAAUCUAAGUAUUCCACACAUAACACGAGAUCACAUGGGAAUCUACGUAUGUAUAGCUGAUAACGGAGUUCCGCCACAAGCAAACAAAACGUAUCUCGUUGAGGUGCAUUUUCCGCCACUCGUCAGAAUUUCAAAUCAGAAUGUUGCCGCGGCAAAUGGAUCAACAGCGGUCUUAGAAUGUGAAACAGAAGCCUUUCCGGAACCCCUUCGCUACUGGGAACGUUCCGAUGGGCGGCUACUGGAAAACAGCGACAAAUUCAGGAUAGACAAUUCUCUCGAGAGGAACGGCUACAGAUCCAGAAUGCAACUGAACAUUACGAAGAUAAACAGCCACGAUUUGAACUACAAGUAUUAUUGCAUCAGCAAGAAUGAGCUACAAACUACCAGGGGAGAAUUUCAGUUGGGAAAUUACACUUCAAACCAAUCCCUUUACACUGAACGAGGAAAAGGUCCAAUACUUUUUGGAUUGCCACCACCAGAAAAAGUAUCUUUAGAAGACUUAUGUGGCCCUCCAGUCCAAUGUCCGGAUUGCGAUUCCAAAGAACUUAAGUGCUCAGCGGGUGUCUCGCUGGUCGAUUUGAUUACCCAUUGGGAAGUAAGGCCCUAUCAUGAAAAUAUUACCUACAGUGGAUUUCCUAGUAGAGUUAAAGGUAAAAAAAUGUAA